UGAUCGUGAUGCUCUGGCGCUGGCGCUGGUCAAACUUUUGAUAGAUAACAAAGAGCUUAUACCUGAUAAAUCGGACACAAUGCCACUUUCAUUUCAAGAUCCUUCGAUUCUUGGGAGACGGGUUGCUUUGCCUGGGACACGCUCAGGAGCGAAAAUAUUAACGAAUCAGCAAAGUCGAAAGUUUGUCGCAGAUAUUUUUGGAUGUCGAUUAGACGAAUUGAGACUUUUGCAGGAUUCGGAUCGAGCCAGGAAGCCUGAUAAGAUCCAGGAUUUGGAGAGUUUUCUUGAGUUAUAUGAAUGGCUCGAAUUUUUACCAGGUGCAGAGAUGGAUGAGCCAACAGCAGCAGCACCAUUAAUGCCGCCAUUGCCAUCACCAGCUCGAUCGAGCGCCCCUGUAGUAUCAAGCUGUGGGCGGAAAGAAGGGACAUUACUCGCCCUAAUAAUGAACUUUGGCUCAAUCGCUGAAUCAGCUAAGGAGCAGCCUGUGGAAAUGAAACAAUGGCUCAUCCAGCGGAUAGAACGACUCGUCCAACAUGGCGCUUUGCUUAGGGUUGGAGAAGAGAAGAAAUUAAUUCGGAUCAAUCCAGCUCUUGUACGACAGUUCCGCAAGUUUGAUCAGAAGUCAAACAACAAUGAAAAUAAAAACUCAUGGAGCUCGCUCAAUUAAAUCAAAGUCUGAUCUGAUCUGAUCAGAUUUAAACUAUUAUUCGAUCUGAAUUCAUCUGAUUUGCUUUGUUAUUGUGAUGAGAAAAAAAAAAUAUAGAGCGAGCAAGGAUAUAUCAAUCCCACAACGCCAGAGGCAGAGCAUGCCAGGAAUCGGCAAGACGUCUUUCAAUGGACGUGCUCAGUGCUCGGUUAAAUUCACUCUUUGCACUCAUAUCCAAUAUCAAAUAGUCAUGGUAACGACUAUCGUGUU